CCCCCCCCCCCCGUUUGCUUGCUGCCCCAGAUGUUCAAGGUAGCCGCUUUGGCGUGCGUGUGGGCAGCCGCUUGGUGCAAUCAAGCCGCGGCGGCGGUACCGAUAGCUGCAGCGGCGACGGCAGCAGCCGGCGGCAGGUCAGACAGCGGGAAUUUCCUGGACGAUAAGCAAUGGCUUACCACUAUCUCCCAGUACGACAAGGAGGUCGGACAGUGGAACAAAUUCCGAGACGAUGAUUAUUUUCGUACAUGGAGUCCGCUUACAUCCUUUGAUCAAGCUCUAGACCCAGCUAAAGAUCCAUGCUUAAAGAUGAAAUGUACUCGUCAUAAGGUAUGCAUUGCACAAGAUCAACAAACAGCUGUUUGCAUUAGCCACCGGAGACUGACACACAGUAUGAAAGAAGCUGGUUUAAGCCAUAAACAAUGGAGAAUUGGUUCCUUUUCAUCAAAAUGCAAGCUGUGUCCUGUUGUUUAUACCAAUCCAGUUUGUGGAUCCGAUGGUCACACAUAUUCUUCUCAGUGCAAACUAGACUAUCAAGCCUGUGCCUCAGGAAAACAUAUCUCAGCUAAAUGUGAAGGACGCUGUCCUUGCCUUUCAGAAAAGUCCACAAGUGCAGGCAGAAGUGAUAAGAGAGCGUGUGGUGACUUGGAGUUCAGAGAAGUUGCAAGUCGAUUGCGAGACUGGUUCAAGGCCCUUCACGAGAGUGGAGUUCAGAAGAGAGCUAGACUUUUGCAAAGGCCUGAAAGAAGCAGAUUUGAUACCAGCAUUUUACCAAUUUGCAAGGACUCUCUUGGCUGGAUGUUUAACAGACUUGAUACAAACUAUGACCUACUUUUGGACCAAUCAGAACUUGGAAGUAUAUAUCUUGACAAGAAUGAGCAGUGCACCAAGGCAUUCUUCAAUUCUUGUGACACUUACAAGGACAGUUUAAUAUCAAACAAUGAAUGGUGCUACUGUUUCCAAAGGCAGCAAGAUCCACCUUGCCAGUCAUUGCUUAGCAACAUUCACAAACAGCAAGGGAGAAAGAAGUUUCUAGGGCAAUAUAUUCCUUUAUGUGAUGAAGAUGGCUACUAUAAACCAACUCAGUGUCAUGGAACUGCAGGCCAGUGCUGGUGUGUUGACAGAUAUGGCAAUGAGGUAACAGGAUCCCGAACACAUGGUGCUGCAGAUUGUGAUUUAGAGACGUCAGGGGAUUUUGCCAGUGGUGAUUUCCAUGAAUGGACCGAUGAUGAGGAUGAUGAUAUCAUGAAUGAUGAAGAUGAAAUAGAAGAUGAUGAUGAAGAUGAGGGUGAUGAUGAUGAUGAUGACCAUGAGGGAUAUAUUUGAUUUUCUUAGCUGUGACUAAUUUGUCU